AAAAAUGCGAACUUUGGCCAAGCAGGGAGCUUUAACAGGCCAUCAGGUUCAGAAGAACAGAGGAGGUCACGAAAGAUAUCGAUGGUUUAUAUACUUCGCAACGAAUCCAGAAUUAGACAGAAUUAGAUCACAUAUAUCUCUCUUUCUCUCUUCCUCUCUCUCACCAACAAAUACCCAGAAACAGAUUACUUUUCUCCUCUUACCUGAGACAACGGUUUGGAGGAAGAAGAAGAAAUGAAGCCGGAACCGAGGAAAGACGGAGUGAGUGGAGGAGGAAAUGGAGGAGCUUUCCCGCACCUCCCGCUCGCCUGUUUUGAUAUGAAGGUAUUCAUAGCGCCCCUCAUAGGCCUCGCCCUUCUCAUAGCCAUGUGGCAGCUCCAACCCUACGAAUCCCUCUUCUGCUCUCGCCUCUCCUCUUGCCCUCUCCCCAACUCCGCUUCCCCACUCUCAAAAUCCGAGCUUUCCUCCUCGCUCUCCCCCUCCCCUGUUUCCCCUGUUUCCAAUUCCACCCCUGCAACCCCAAAAUCUCCCGUUUUCGUUCCUCCUCCCGACCCAAACAAGAGAGCUUUCCGGGCCUACGGCAGCGCCGCCGCGCUGUUCGUCCAGAUGGGCGCCUAUCGCGGCGGCCCCGCCACCUUCGCCGUCGUCGGCCUCGCCUCCAAGCCCACCCACGUCUUCGGCACCCCCUGGUUCAAAUGCGAGUGGGUCUCCAACAACCCCUCCGUCACCACCGUCCGCGCCAAGGCCUACAAGAUGCUCCCCGACUGGGGCUACGGCCGCGUCUACACCGUCGUCGUCGUCAACUGCACCUUCCCCUCCAACCCCAACGCCGACAACGCCGGCGGCAAGCUUCUCCUCCACGCCUACUACUCCGCCACCUCUCGCCGCUAUGAAAAGUUCGUAGCUUUGGAGGAAGCUCCAGGCUCCUACAACCAUUCCCAUUACCAGCCACCGUUCCAGUAUGAGUAUCUCUACUGUGGCUCCCCCUUGUAUGGCAAUUUGAGUGCUAGCAGGAUGAGAGAAUGGAUGGCCUACCAUGCUUACUUCUUUGGUCCCAAUUCCCAUUUUGUCUUCCACGACGCCGGGGGUGCAGGGCCGGAGGUGAAGGCAGUGCUCGAACCAUGGGUGAAAGCUGGGCGAUUGACGGUGCAGGACAUCCGGGCGCAAGCAGAGUACGAUGGCUACUACUACAACCAAUUCUUGGUGGUGAAUGAUUGCUUGCACCGGUAUCGGCACGCUGCCAAUUGGACCUUCUUCUUCGAUGUCGACGAGUACUUGUACCUGCCGGAGGGGCGGACGCUGGCGUCGGUGCUCGACAAGCUCUCGCAGUAUACUCAAUUCACCAUCGUGCAGAAUCCCAUGUCGAGUAAGCUGUGUGUGCUGGAUCUUAAUAAGGACUACUCCAAGGAAUGGGGGUUCGAGAAGCUGGUCUUUCGCAAUUCAAUCACCAGAGUGAGGCGAGACCGUAAAUAUGCCAUUCAAGCAAGGAAUGCAUUUGCGACUGGCGUUCACAUGUCGGAGAAUGUCAUCGGGAAGACCACCCACAACACAAAGGACAUGAUCAGAUACUACCACUACCACAGUUCCAUCAAUGUGUUGGGAGAGCCAUGCCAUGAAUUCAUGCCUAUGCCAGCCAAAGGCAAAGUAACAUGGUUUGAGAAGAUCCCAUACGUCUACGAUGAUAAUAUGAAGCGUAUGGCUGAAGUUGUCAAGCAGUUUGAGAAGGAAGCAAUUGGAUCUAUCUGAACAUAUAUAGCGAUCUCCGAUGCCAUUUGGCUAUAUGUUUCAUCAUUCUUUGGGGGUGCCCUAGGGUACUGAAUCUUCUCCUGAGUCUGAGCUUCCUUUUUCCUGGUGUUCCGGUGGAGGAUCUUGCAAAGAAUACUGGGGGGAAAGGGCGUGAAGGAUGGGGAAGGAAAAGGAAUGCUGGAGGACCCCAGAUUUAUGUGUAAAGAUGCAGUUUUUCUCAUACUCCUUAGGUCUGUGGAGAUUUCAUUUCCCUCUCAUGAUAUGUUCUCUUUAGAGGUUCCAUUCUCUUUUCCUCUUUCCCGCUUUAAUCUUAUACAUAAUCUUUUCUAGGCUCAAUUAUAUUCUCCCUACACCGUGUUAGAUUAAUGAAAGACUUUAUGUUCAAAAUUAAAAGGUGAUUCUUUUGACCGAUUCGGACUGGUGAAUGAUUUGGGGAGACCUUUCUCUAAUAAAGUUUUCUCAAAAGAGACUCUAUGAUUUCUAAUACAUUUUUUCCUCUCCCAGGUUGGUGUCAUGCGAACAUAAUGGGCUCCAUAAUGGUUAGGAAUGGAUUGUGGGUUACCUUUGGUGAGAGUGACCUGUGUCUGUUGCUAUUAGAAUGCCCAUCCAUGGCUUUUAAUAUAUAUAUUCCUCAAGAUGUGUGGUUGAAGGAGCUCUUUGUCAAGAGAAUUAACUUGUUAGCCUUGUACUGGCUAGAGAUAUAGAUGGAAGAUGUUUAAAACUGGUGUGGGGCUCCAUGAACUCCUCUCCAGCCAUUGCCAGUGCUACAUAUUGCUCACUUUGUCCUAAUUUGUAUUAGCUUGUUAGGUGUAGGGCAACCAUCUCUUAGUGAGGAAGUCUAGGCUCUCUCCACCAUGUUCAUGUUAUAAUUUAUUGUUGCACUAUUCCAUGUAGCUUGUAGAUGCUGCUGCUUAAUAUCAUCAAUUAAUCCAUGGCAUGUACCUGUGCCUUCUAUA